AAUCUGGCUAUAGUUGGCAGAGCCAGACAAGAUCGUCGAGCAAACAUGACUUCAAGUUCGCGAAUCGCGACUGGUAUAGUCAAAAUAUCUAACCCGGCGAAUGCCGGAUCGUGCCAAAUCCUCCAAUUUGAGCUUGGACAAGUCUCAACAAUAGACCGCUAUGUCUUCCCAUGACAGUGACCCAUUCUAUCUCAGGCGCGUCACUGGCCAUUCAGGAAAACACGGCCACGAAUUCUUGGAGUUUGAGUACUCCCAUGGUCGUCUUCGAUAUGCCAACAACUCGAAUUAUAGGAACGACAGCUUGAUCAGGAAAGAAAUGUGGGUUGGGCCGUUAGUGGUCAAGGAGCUCAAGCGCAUUGUGGAAUCGAGUGAAAUCACAAAGGAAGAUGAUACGAAUUGGCCGAAAAAAAACAUCGUUGGAAAGCAAGAACUCGAGAUACGUGUAGGCAAUGACCACAUUGCCUUCGAGACUGCAAAAAUUGGAUCACUUGUUGACAUCCAGGACAGCGAAGAUCCUGAAGGACUUCGUGUAUUUUACUACCUGGUACAAGACUUGAAGUGUUUGAUAUUCUCCCUCAUUUCUCUUCACUUCAAGAUCAAGCCUAUCUAGCUAUAUUCGUAUCUCUUGGGCCAGGUCCAAAUAAUGCACCAUCAUCACCAUGAAUAUUACCUUUGUAUCGCCCUAAAUUUCAGGCAACGCUGUUUCAAUCACUUUACGAACCUA